AUGCUCAAACAGGGUCUAUACCAUCUCCUGGCUCCCCAGUUCUUUGGUAUAUUGGUCCUAGCGAACGGUCGCGUGUCUAUCGAUCAGACGGAGGGAUAUGGCAGUCAGCGAGAGUGUGCUCAGAACUUAUGUUUCGAGGGCUCAUUCGGUAGCAACCGGAUUGACUCCGUUCUAGGCUGUCCUUCUCCUCCUAUGGAUGACUGUUUCUGUCGCCUGGACUUGCAGGCAUCAGCUACAUCUUUCUUGUCAUCUUGUGUGAACAAACAGUGCGAGAGCAAUACCAUAGACCUAACCCAGGCUAUCAAUAUCUACACGGGUUACUGUGCCAGUGCCGGAUACAAAAGCGGCAGCGCAACUCUAUCCUCGCUCGUUCAGACAGACAACGACCGAAGGUAUUGUGUCUCUAUACCUGAAUCUGCAUAUUCUUCACCUGAUCCAUUCCAAGCCCCGAAUAACUGA